CACAAAGUAAUCAUUGUUGGUCUGGAUAAUGCAGGAAAAACAACCAUUCUUUAUCAAUUCUCCAUGAACGAAGUGGUGCACACCUCACCCACCAUCGGGAGCAACGUGGAGGAGAUAGUGGUGAACAACACGCGCUUCCUGAUGUGGGACAUCGGGGGGCAGGAGUCUCUGCGGUCCUCGUGGAACACCUACUACACCAACACUGAGUUUGUGAUAGUUGUUGUGGACAGCACAGACAGAGAGAGAAUUUCCGUGACUAAGGAAGAGCUGUAUAAAAUGUUAGCACACGAGGACUUAAAAAAAGCAGGUUUGCUGAUCUUUGCUAACAAGCAAGACGUUAAAGAGUGUAUGACAGUAGCAGAAAUAUCUCAGUUUCUGAAACUGACUUCGAUUAAGGAUCACCAGUGGCACAUUCAGGCGUGCUGUGCUCUGACUGGAGAGGGACUGUGCCAAGGACUCGAAUGGAUGAUGUCAAGACUUAAGAUCAGAUGAUUUUUAAUGACCUCUUUGCACAGACCUUGCUUGAAAAGAGCUGUACCCAUGAUUACCUUCCCAGUGGCAGAAUUAAUGGGUUAGAUGUAUUUAUACUGAACUGAUUUCAACUUUAUUUUCUACAUCGAUGGACACACACGUACAUGUAUAUAAAUUAAGACCAUUCAGCAAAAAGGAAGAUGCAGUUGAGGCUCCCGUUCGGUUUCCUGUUUGUUUUCCUCUGAGGAUGCAUGGAAAAGCUGUGAUCAACCUUCUUUUCAAGAUACAGUCGCUCAGAACAGUCCGAUAUUGAGCGUGGUGAAGACCAAGUGAGAGGAAGAAGCUUUUGAUUUUGAGUUUUAUUAUUCCAUUGUAGUCCUCUCUAGUGGAAGAUGCUGGCUUCAUUAUUCCAGUAAAUUAGCAAACAAAUCAACGGCAUAGAUACCAACUUCCCAGUAUUUUUAAGGUUACCAAUGUUACAAAUGCAAACCUAUUUUCCUGUAUGUGUACUGUACAUAUUUGUGUAUAUUUAUACCUCAGUUUUAGGUUAAUUGCAAUCUGUUCAGACCAGUGUGUAAAGCUGCAUCAGUGUGUUGACAGCAGUACUAAUAUUUGGCAUUGCCAGCGUGUCCCAACU